AUGUAUGGCUAGUGUGAAUGGAAUGCCCUAUAUAACAUUCUACCCAAUCAGAGAUGGAGAAAUAUUACAUCCACCUGCCAUAAAAUUGGAUCUGUCAUCGUGUGAUAUAACGGAGGAAGGUGUUGUCGGUAGAAACGGCCACUGCUUUGACACUGGAAAGUUCACCAAGAUUUGGGAGUCUGAUGUCAAAAUCCUGAGUAUUUGUGGUGAAGACGAUUUGAACCUCCACCCAGAUCUCCACCAGUUACAAGUAGACUGUUUCCCAGCCAAUAAACGCGACAACAUAGAACUUGUGAAAUACAAGGGUGCUGGUCACUUGAUAGAGCCACCUUUCACCCCACAUUGUUAUGCCUCAUACAACAAACUAAUACGAAACUGCCUUGUAUUGGGAGGAAAUCGCAUUGACCAUGCACAUGCACAAGAAGAUUCAUGGAGGCGUAUUCUACAGUUCUUCGCCAAACAUUUCCAUGGAAAACACAUGUUAUAAGUGCUUACUUUUGUUGCAGCUUAUAUUUGUUUUUAUAUGGAUUUAUUUAUUUAUUUUUUUUAUUUCUUAUCAAUUUUAUUUUUCGAGUAAAAUUAAAUAAAAAAUAAACUUACGUCAAAGUUGUAAAAGUUGAAAGAUGAUUUGAUAUGAUAAUAGCUUACACGUCCGUCUGUAUACAGAAGUAUAUUAUCUAUUAUUUAAAGCACAUUUCAUUCAUCUAAAUGAUUGAUGCUAAGCUAUAACGUAUACUAUCUUAAGCGAUGUGCAAAGCGUUGAUAGAGCAAAGGUAGACAUGACGUCAUAAUGACGUCAUAUUAUUAUCAUGUCACCAGAUUGUGUCUCUUAUUCUGCGAGUUCAGAUUAAAUAGCAGUAAUGAGAGACCUCAAAAUAAAAGUAAAUAAAUGAAUGAAAUUGCAUACAUAUAUGCAUGUGA